UUUACCAAGUCAGCGAUGGAAGAGCAUCAAACAAGCUUUAGUGAUAUAACAAGCGAGACAAAGAGCAUCUCGUAAAGAAGCAUCAGGACAAAAUUUUAUUUUUUAUUUUUUGUUUUUAAAAGAAAACAUUUGAAAGAAAGCUCCAUAUUAACAAAAUGGAAUGGAGCUUAUUACCUUUACAACGACUACUCGAUUGAUCUCUUCAGCUCAUUAAUCUCAUCUCAGAAAACAAAGCAUCGGUCUCUGCUUCAAUGGAGCUCUCUCCCCUGUUCCUCCCCGCUCUGCUUUUGAUCCUAAUUCCCGACGUUUUCACCCACCGGACCGCCGCGCAGGCCAACAGCACCAACACUACGCUAUUUUCUUGCUCGUCGGAUACCUCGCCGGUACCUCCCUGCGCUACCUUCGUGCUGUACCGGACGCAGCCUGGCUACACCGAUCUCGCCCACAUCUCCGACCUCUUCGGCACCAGCAGCCAGAUCAUACAGGAAGCCAACGGUCUGCCGUCCGAGUCCAUCACUUUCCUCCCCGGCCAGCUCAUCGCCAUCCCAAUCAACUGCGGAUGCACCGGUAACCGGUCGUUCGCGAACGUCACGUACUGGAUCGCAUCCGGCGACAACUUCUACUUGGUCUCCACCCGCCAGUUCGAAAACCUCACGGAUUACCUGACCGUGGAGGCCUUGAACCCAGGGGCAAAACCGAACGAGCUGAAGCCAGGGCAGGCCGUGCUGGUGCCGCUGUUCUGCAAGUGCCACGAUGAGGCCAUGGCGGAGCGAGGCAUCAACUAUCUCAUGACUUAUACGUGGGCCGCCGGGGACGACCUUUCGAAGCUGAGCAAGGAGCUGAAUUCUUCAGCAGAGGAGAUAAGAGCUGCCAACAACAACAGAGAUUUCAGCGCCGCCGUCUAUAAGCCAAUUCUAGUUCCGGUGGCAGAAAAGCCGCGCCUCGCAGUGCUAUUCUACAACGCCACCAGCAGCUCCGACGGGGGUCGCCGGGGAAAAUUUCAUAAGAAAGACAUCAUUUUAUCAAGCAUGAUCAGUGCUGCUUCGGCGGUGGUGAUUUGUACCUUACUCGUGCUCGCUUGCUGCAAGGUUUCUCCCAAUAAAAUCGUAGCACGAACCACGUCAAACUUGGAAGGCGUCAGGGAGCUUCUGUCGCCUAGGAAGUUAGCUCCCAGCAAGAACCAAGCUUUGAGCCCCAGAGCGAAGGGAAACAAGGUUUUGGCUGGCGUCUCGCAGUUCAUCGAGAAGCCGGCCAUGUUCGACUUCAAAUCCAUCAUGGAAGCCACAAUGAAUCUCAGCUCGGCUUACUGGAUCGAGGGCUCCGUUUACCAAGCCACUCUCAACGGCGAAGUCUACGCGAUCAAGAGAGCGAAAGGCAUCGACGUAGCAGAGGAGUUAAACAUUUUCCAAAUGGUCAACCACACGAAUCUAAUCAAGAUGGCCGGAUUCGCCGUUCACGAAGAUGGGGUCUGCUUCUUGGUGUAUGAGUUCGCGGAGAACGGAUCGUUGGACAAGUGGCUCUUCGCGAAGGCCUCCUCCUCGGACUCCGUCAGCUGCCUGUCGUGGAGGCAGAGGCUCAACAUCGCGCUGGACGUGGCCAGCGGCCUCCAGUACUUGCACGAGCACACGAGGCCGAGCAUCGUCCACGGCGGCAUCAAAUCCAGCAAUGUGAUGCUGGACGCGCACUACAAGGCUAAGAUAUCUAACUUCUCCAAGGCGAAGCCGGCGACAGUGGGGCUGCGGCCGUCAGCGGACGUGUUCGACUUCGGAGUGCUGCUGAUGGAGUUGCUGUCGGGGAGGAGGGACUGCGUGGAGGAAAGGGAGGCGGGGGGAACGAUGUGGAGGGAGAUGAGGGCGGUGCUGGGGGUGGAGGAGAAGGGGGAGAGGCUGAGGAGGUGGAUGGAUCCGAAGUUGAAGGGGCUGUAUCCAGCAGAUGGCGCGGUGACGGUAGCGGGCAUGGCGAGGGCGUGCACACGGGAGGAUCCGGCGGAGAGGUCAAGGAUCAGUGAGAUUGUGUUCGGGCUGACGGUGCUGGCGCAGUCGUGCAGCGACGCUUUCGACAGGGCGUGGGCGGCCAGCUCGGAGGAGACGAUGGCCAUUACGGACGUUGUGGCGCGUUGAUUUCUUGAUUUCGAGGCAGCAGAUUUGGUCAACGUGUAAUUUGGAUAGACCAGGAAUUAGUCAAAGUUUCAUAUUUUUCGUGGUCAAUAUAGAAAAAAGGGCUUUCCUGGUCCAUGUGGGUGGCAUAUGAUAAAGAUCGCAUGGUUUUUUGAAAAAUUAUCAGGGAAAGAUUGAAUUUUUAAGGUUAGGAUCUGUUCUUUAUUAUUAUCGGGGACAUAAUUUAUACACAAUUGAUUAUGAAAUAUGGCUCCGUGUCAGUUGCCAUUUAUUUUUUCAUAAGGAGCAUGGUAGUACAUUUUGAGUUUAUAGAA